AUGUCUUACGAAGCAAGAACCCGCUCAUCCUCCGAGGCUAACCGACGCCAUUCGGGCCAGCACAGACGUGCUCUCUCCAAUUUGCCCACCAAUUUGGUUGCUUCCCGUGUCGCCAAAAGAGAUGAUGACAGACGCAAACGACUCAAUGUCAGAGAUCAGGGCCGCGAGAACGACCCUGAGGCCCGUGUAUCCUUUGGCUCAUCAGAAAUAACGCAGCCGCUCUCGGAUGACGGCCUAAUACGCCACCACUUCGACAGAAUCAACCUGGAGGUUGGUGAGCUUGGUGUAGAUGGUACAGACUCCGAAAAUGCCAGUCCUCAAGUAUUCUCUGAUGCGUUGAGUACAAGGCCAACUGCAGAGGAGGACGAACAAGAGGAAGAAGAAGAAGAAGAAGAUGAUGAAGCCGAGGAAGAGGAGGACGUUGAAGAUGAUGAGAACGAUCCGGCAGACUUACUGUGUCCACAAGAACCGAAAUGGAGUCGGGCCAUUUUCAACGAGUUACAGCACGUAAUGCGCAAAUACUCGACAACCACAUUGGACGAAAAGGAUGAGGAUACUUAUGAUGUGACAAUGGUGGCAGAGUACGCCCCAGAAAUCUUCAACUACUUGCAUGAGCUUGAGCACCGGUUGUCACCAGACCCAAACUAUAUGGAUAACCAAGACGAGUUGCGGUGGGAAAUGAGAUCUGUCUUGGUAGACUGGGUAGUACAGGUGCACCAACGCUUCAACUUGCUCCCUGAGACACUUUUCUUGACUAUAAACUAUAUUGACCGCUUUCUCAGCCGCAGACGGGUUUCAUUAUCUCGAUUCCAGCUAGUUGGUGCAGUUGCACUCUUUAUCGCUGCUAAGUUCGAGGAAAUUAAUUGCCCCACUGUUAGAGAAGUUGCAUACAUGGCAGACAAUGCUUAUAGCGUCGAAGACUUUCUCAAGGCUGAACGUUUCAUGAUUGACGUUCUUGAAUUUGAUAUGGGUUGGCCAGGUCCAAUGUCAUUUUUAAGAAGAACAUCGAAGGCAGAUGAUUACGACUAUGAAACGAGAACAUUAGCUAAAUACUUCUUAGAGGUGACCAUAAUGGACUCGCGAUUUGUGGCCUCGCAGCCAUCAUGGCUUGCAGCUGGUGCACACUAUCUACUGAGAAAGAUGCUUAACAAAGGUCCCUGGACAGAGCUUCACGUAUUCUAUUCGGGCUACACAGAAGAACAAUUACGUCCAUUGGCUCGCAUAUACAUGGAAAUAUGCCAGAACGCAGAACAGAACCAUCGGGCUAUCUUUGAGAAAUAUCAGGAGCGCAGAUAUAGACGAUCCUCAUUGUUUGUGCAAGAGUUUCUCCGAGCCAUGCGGCAGUCCACCAGAGACUAG